AUGCUGAGGAUCUGCAUUAGCUGCUGUACCUCGCCCAGUAAUACAAACGACAGUAGUGCCAAAGUCGGUUUCAAGAAAAGGGAAAAUGUCUUGAAGAAGAACAGAAAGCAUUCAAAAAAAUCAACUCAAAAGAUUCUGCUUCUCGGCACCGGUGAAAGUGGAAAAAGUACUUUUUUAAAGCAGAUGCGCAUCAUCACCGGGAAAACUUUCACAGAAAGUGAAAUCGAUCAGUUUAAAUCUGUAAUAUAUGACAAUAUUUACAAAGGAGUUUUAUAUUUGCUGCAGGCACGCACAACUCUUGGCAUUCCGUGGGCCGGAGGUUCUGGGUGUUCAGCCGAGCAGGCUGCUGAACGCCUGGAGGAGCACUUUCGAGAGACCCGCGCCGAGCGUCGUCAGAGGGCGUUUCUGGGCAACGGGGUUCCACUCUGGCGGGAGGAGGAGUUCCUCGCCCUAGCGCCUCUCUUCCAGGCCGUCUGGGCAGACUCUGGCAUCCGGCUGGCGUUUGAACAGCGAAACCGUCUCAUCACCGAGGUCUUUGUGAGUCUGCUUACUUAUUUUUCACAACUUUACCCCCCAAACCAGUUGGUUAUUAAUGCAACAUACAAUUUGUGGUCUUGA